UUAGCUGACAUUAGUACUUUCCCACCUGAAGUUCAGUAUAUGGUGGAAAAGAUUGAGGAAUUGAAAAUUAAUGACGCUGUUCAACAUUUGAAAGAUGCUUUACUCCAUCAUCAAGGUGACGCAAACUUUCCAAGUGAGGUAUAUGCUUUAAUGGAAGAACUAGUACAAGGCCAUGAAGCUUCUCAUUUGAAUGAAGAGGAGUGGGAAUUCCAAUGUAAACUGGAAGCUGGUUUGAUUGUUUUCCACUCGCCAUAUCCAGAAAUUAGAGCAGUUACAGACCCAGUUGAUGAUUUAACAAUUCCUAUUGAGACCAUUCGUGCAUACUUUCUGGGUUUAUUUUGGACAAUUAUUGGUGCUGGUGUUAAUGAAUUCUUUAUGCAUCGUAAACCAGCUAUAUCGUUGAAAUCACCAAUGAUUCAAGUCAUGUUAUAUCCUUGUGGUAAGCUUUUGGCUAAGGUUUUACCUGAUUGGGGAUUCACAGUUAGAGGUACAAGACAUUCUUUGAAUCCUGGUCCUUGGACUUACAAAGAACAAAUGUUUGCAACCAUUAUUUUUAAUGUUGCAAUUCCUUACACAUAUGUUAGUCAUAACAUUUAUAUGCAAAAAUUACCAGUUUUCUUCCCUACCCCUUGGAUUGACUUUGGCUACCAAUUUUUAUUGAUGGCCUCCUCUCAACUAUUAGGUUUUGGAUUGGUUUCGUUAGUUAGAAGAUUCUGUGUUUAUGAACAAAGAUGCAUAUGGCCAACAUUACUUCCAACAUUAAGUUUGAACAGAGCUUUAUUGAAACCUGAAAAGAAAGAAGUGAUUAAUGGCUGGAAAAUUAGUAAAUAUAACUUUUUCCUUGUUUGCUUUUGUGGUAUGUUCCUAUACAACUGGUUUCCAACGUUUAUCUUUGAAGCUUUAUCAACUUUCAGUUGGAUCACAUGGAUUGCACCAAACAACUUUAAUUUGGCAACAGUUACUGGUUCUCAAUAUGGCUUAGGUUUCAACCCAUGGGUUACAUUUGAUUGGAAUAUUGUGGAUUAUAACUUUGCUUUGACCAUUCCAUUUUUUUCCCAGUUGAAUCAAUAUAUUGGUACUUUCAUCGGGUUCUUUGUUGUUUUGGCUCUUUUUAAAUCCAACUAUAAAUGGACAGGCUUCCUACCAAUCAAUAAUAAUGCCAUUUAUGACAAUAAGGGGAAGAAAUAUGUUUCAAGCAAGAUUUUAGAUGCAAACAGUAUGUUGGAUGAAAAGAAAUAUCAAGACUAUUCACCACCAUUUUAUACUGCAGGUAACUUGUUAGUUUAUGGAGCUUAUUUUGCUAUCUAUCCAUUUACUUUUUGCUAUACAGUUGUUCAAGAGUUUUCAACAAUCAAGAUGGGUAUGAUUCAAUUUUACAAGAAUUUGAGAAAUCUUAAAAGAUCAACAUAUGCUGGGUUUAAUGAUCCACAUGCUACUAUGAUGAAAAAAUACAAAGAGGUUCCAGAUUGGUAUUAUUUUGCAAUUUUAGUUGUUUCCAUUGCUUUAGCUAUAAUCUGUAUUAAGGUUUAUCCAGCCCAAACACCAGUAUGGGGUAUUUUUUUCAUCUUGGGAUUGAAUCUUGUUUUUUUGGUUCCAAUUACCAUCAUUUUGGCUACAACUGGGUUCUCAUUGACUAUGAAUGUUCUUACAGAAUUGAUUAUUGGAUAUGCUUUACCAGGUAACGCGUUAGCUUUAAACACAUUGAAGUCACUCAGUCACAAUAUUGAUAGUCAAGCUGAAUCAUAUAUUGCUGACCAAAAAUUGGCCCACUAUGCUAAAAUUCCUCCAAUGGCGAUCUUUAGAGGCCAAUUGGUUUCUACUACUCUUCAAGUUUUUGUUGCUUUAGGUGUUAUCAAUUGGCAAAUCGAAAAUGUUGAAAACAUUUGUACAUCAAAAGCUGCAAACAAGUUUUCUUGUCCAAAAGAAUUGAAUUUCUAUUCAAGUGCUACAUUCUGGGGUGUCAUUGGGCCAAAGAGAGUUUUCAAUGGUUUAUAUCCUGUGUUACAGUAUUGUUUCUUGAUUGGGUUCCUGUUAGUUUUCCCAUGUCUAUUAGCUAAAAGAUAUUUCCCAAGAGUGACAAAAUAUUUUGAGCCAGUUCUGAUCAUUGGAGGUUUAUACCAAUAUGCACCAUAUAAUUUGUCAUAUGUCACAACUGGUCUUUAUUUUUCAUUCUUCUUUAUGUAUUAUGUGAGAAGAAAAUACACUUCAUGGUGGGAGAAAUAUAAUUUUGUUUUAACUGCAUCCUUCUCUGCUGCUGUUGCAUUCAGUGCUGUGAUUAUUUUCUUUUCAGUUAACUACCAUCCAAAGAAACUAAACUGGUGGGGUAAUACUGUUAUUACAAAAGGUGUUGAUGGUGGUGAAGGUCGUCAAACUUUGUUGAAUGUUACAUUGGGGGCCAUUGAUGGGUAUUUCGGCCCAAGAUCUGGAAGUUAUCCAUAAAGGGGUUUGUUUUUUUAUGAAUUUUUAAUGAAUAUGAUAGUUCCUAAUUUUUAAAAGUAUUUUAUGGAGGAAAACUGUAAUGAUUCGCCAAUGAGAGUAAAAAUGUAUAUUCUUGCGGCUUUGUGCGGCUCUUGCUUAUUUAGGACGAUCUCUCAGAUUCGCGGAGAUAUCUAAUCAUAAAA